AUGACGCAAGCAGCGGUAGCAGUAACGCCCCAAAAGCGCAAGCAAGUCCUCAAGGUGCUCUUCAUCUCGCUUCUGCUUGAUCUCGUGAGUCGCGUCAACCAUUGUCCAUCUGCCAGCACCGGUCUGACCGUCAUGUCUACUUCANNGAUCUCCUUUACCUUCAUCCUCCCGCUGUUUCCCAAGCUCCUCGAGUUCUACCGCGCCGUCGAUGCCUCGGUCACGUCUUCAUCGUCAAGUCCAACUCUCNNCCUCUCUCGUGUCCUGGGUCUGCUCAAUGCGUACAAGAAUACCUUUGCCAAACCAAUCAAUGAUCGCUACGACAUUGUCCUGUUGGGAGGCGCACUGGGCUCGCUGUUCUCCUUCUGCCAGGCCAUCGCCUCUCCUGUCAUUGGCCGCCUCUCCGAUCGCUACGGCCGCCGUACUGCCUUGUUAUGGAGCAUGGUUGGCAACAUCCUUAGUGUCGCUCUCUGGGUCGCCGCUACAGACUUCCGCACCUUUCUUGCCAGUCGCGUUGUCGGCGGACUGAGCGAGGGCAACGUCCAGUUGGCCAUGGCCAUCGCUACCGACAUUAGUGAUGACAAGCAGCGUGGUGCAACCAUGGCUCUGGUCGGCGCUUGCUUUAGCAUUGCCUUUACCUUCGGUCCUGCUCUGGGUGCUGCCUUGUCAACCGUCACUAUCGUGCAAAGCAAUCCCUUCGCUACCGCUGCUGGCUUCUCGCUCUUCCUCAUCGUUACCGAGACUCUGUAUCUCUACUUCUGCCUGCCCGAGACACAUGUUGUCAGCUCUACCCCGAACAAGAACAAGACAGAUGAAUCCAAAGAGACCACGACUCAGCGCACCAAUUCACACGCUCUACUCAACUUCACCCAUUUGGCUUUCAUCCUCUUCUUCAGCGGGAUGGAAUUCUCCCUACCAUUCAUGACCUACGAUCUCUUCAACUACGGCAGCAAGGAUACUGGACGCCUCCUCGGCUUCAUUGGUAUCGUUGCUUCUGUCCUUCAAGGCACCGUGACCCGUCGCAUGCACCCUCUCCGUGUGGUACAGAUGGGUGUUGUAUCGUGCCUGCUAGCCUUCGUCCUGCUCGCUCGCCUCACAACGGAGGCCCAGCUCUACGGUGCUGCCGCUUUGCUCGCUGUAACCAGUGCCACUGUCGUAACGGGCCUCAACAGUCUAAGCAGUUUCGAAGCUGGCGCUUCUGAGCGCGGCAACAAGCUCGGCAAUCACAGGUCGUUUGGCCAAAUUGGUCGUACGCUAGGUCCUCUGUCCUUCUGCUCGUUAUACUGGUGGGCCGGCCGUGACGUCGCAUAUGCUGUCGGGGCCACAGGCAUGCUUGGAGUUGUCGCACUUGCAUUCGGUGGUCUUCGUAAGCCUGUACAAGCAUAG